AUGGGUUUCGAUUCGAAUUUGGGUGGCUCUCCAUCUUCCUCUUCACCUAGUGCCAAACGCACCAGAGACCCCGAAGAGGAAGUUUAUGUCGACAAUCUUCGCUCUCACAAACGUUACCUAAGCGAGAUAAUGGCAUCGAGUCUUAAUGGAUUGACAGUUGGAGACUCUCUUCCUGAUAAUCUCAUGGAAUCUCCGGCGAGGUCUGAAAGUGCAUUCUCUCUCAGGGAUGAUAUCUCUUUACAAUAUUCGCCAAUGUCUGAAGACUCGGACGACUCAAGGUUUUGUGAGACCAUAGUGCAUAGUUGCUUAACCCAUCUGGAUAGCCGUCCCAGUAGUCCAGUUUCUCCAUGCAGAUACCAAAGGCCACAAAACACAUUUUCUUCAGCGCCUUCCACAAGUUUAAAUGCUACUUCUCACGGCUUUCCAGUCUCAGCGGUUAAUUGCUCCCAGCCUCGUCAACGAAGCUCAGACUCCGAUGGCCGCUUCCCAUCAUCUCCAAGCGAUAUAUGCCACUCAGCUGACUUAAGAAGAGCUGCACUUCUAAGAUCUGUGCAGAUGAGAACACACCCUCCCGGCUCUGCAUCUUUGGAGCUGCCAUUUGGUUCUGAGUGUUCAUCAGUAGGUGUUCCGGAAACCGAGUUUAACCAUGACAAUAAGCCUUGCAGAGUCUUAAAUAUGAAUCCAAAAGCAGCUGAUUCCGGAAGUUAG